GACUGCACCUGAAAGCCUCAAGUGCCAGAGCAGGUUUCGCGGAGGGGGAAGUGAUCUCAUUGAGCUUUGUCUGUAACAACAUCCAUCUCGUUGGGAUACAUUUGUUUUGCUAUUUAAACGCGCGAGGCGAUUACAUUAUUAACAUUUAGUUUAGAAUACGUUGAAUUUGACUUUGAACAAACCCGCAGCGAAACACCACCGCGGCCGAUGCGACAAUGCUUCCGUCUCUAGCCGGCAAUUCGUGCGUGCGGAUGAUACAGAAUCACAAAUCGACGUGGUAUUUCGCGUCCCUCGUCCUGGGCUACGUCCUCUAUCUGGUGUUCGGCGCCGUGGUCUUUUCCUCGGUGGAGCUGCCGUACGAGGACAUCCUGCGCCAGGAGCUGAGGGCCAUCAAGAAGCAGUUCCUGCAGGAGAACGAGUGCCUGUCGGAGGAGCGCCUGGAGCGCUUCCUGAAGAAAGCCCUGGACGCGAGCAAUUACGGCGUCUCCAUCCUCAACAACGCCUCGGCCAACUGGAACUGGGACUUCACGUCCGCCCUGUUUUUCGCCAGCACCGUGCUGUCCACCACAGGAUAUGGUCACACUGCGCCACUCUCUGACGGCGGGAAGGCCUUCUGCAUCCUCUACUCCGUGAUCGGCAUCCCCUUCACCCUCCUCUUCCUAACGGCCGUGGUGCAAAGGAUCAUGGUGUUCAGCACGCGGCGGCCGGUCAUGUACAUCCACAGGCGCUGGGGUCUGUCCAAGCCAGUCGUGGCCAUCGUUCAUGCCGCUGUGCUCGCCGCGCUGGCCGUCUCCUGCUUCUUUCUCAUCCCCGCUGCCAUCUUCUCAGCGCUGGAGGAGAACUGGAACUUCCUGGAGUCCUUCUACUUCUGCUUCAUUUCCCUCAGCACCAUCGGCCUGGGCGACUACGUGCCCGGAGAGGCCACCAACCAGAAGUUCAGGGAGCUUUACAAAGUGGGCAUCACCGUCUACCUGAUCCUGGGUCUGAUAGUCAUGCUGGUGGUGCUGGAGACCUUCUGCGAGCUGCAGCAGCUGAAGCAGCUGAGGAAGAUGUUCUACCUGAAGAAGGAGAAGCCGCAGGACCGCCUGGCCAUUUUGGAACACGACCACUUGUCCUUCACUACUGUGUCCAACCGAGCCACGGUUUACUCUGACGGCAAAAUCCAGUCGUUUGUCGGUGUCCCAACUCAACUGUCCUCUCUCAGUGAUGAUCCCAUGAUCCAGUAAACAUCUGUUUGAGGGAUGACGAUGUGAAAGUAAUGCACACACAGAAUAAAAGCAGACAGAAGGCGUAGAUCACGAGUCACAGCCGUAGGCAUUCUGUAAACUUUAGUUGUAUAACUAGUCGGGGCUGUGCAGCGCUGGCAAAUAAACACCACCAUCACACCAAAAUACUGACACAAUAGUUUAACAGUCAUUAUAAGGACAUACUAGGUGAUUCAAGAAAAGCCGCCUGCUGUAUUUAUGACUCACGUGAAACAAACUCCUUAUUUGUUGCAUAUUUAGGGAAAUAUUAAAAGAGUAAUUGCCCUCUUCAAUCUUGCUGAAAUAUGGGACAAAUCAGUCGGUCACAGAAUACAACAUAAACACGUAUGUGUCUUGUAAAUAGAGAUGCUUGUUAGCCACAUUGAAUUGAGCGGUACAGUUAUAGCUCCACCCAGAAUAAACACUCCUUUUUAAAGGUGAGCCAGUGUAGCCAAGACAUGAGAACAAGGCAUGUAAAUACUGGAUUUCAGACAUCUUUAUGCCUCUUCGCUGUAAGUAUUGUAUUAUUCACGCUAUUCUUGUGAGUGUGACACAUCCGCAAGAGUUUCAGCAGAACCGUCCACUCGCACUCCAGCCGGGCCGACUCACUGGUUGGUCAAAGGUUGCUGUGACUUUACAAAGCACGUUUUUGGCCGUAGCAUAUAAUGUAUAAAUAUUUGAAUUAUGACUAAUUGGUCUUAACAGGACAAAAUCAUGAAGUAAGGACGUGAUGUAAGACCGCGAGUCAGACAUUCUAGUGUUACGUGGAACUUUGGCGCUUGCGAUCAACCCUGAACAUGAGCAUCUGAAAGAAGAGACCGUGUAUAUUGUAUGAACUACAAAUAGUCUGAACUCUGAAUAACCGAUUUGACUUUGAUGUUAAAGUACCAGACAAGGAGAAACGCAAUUCGAUGUUUUGUAGCACUUCCGGCUCAUCCUAUCGCGGGUGUUUACUAUUCUUUUUAGACUUCAUGGUAUUAGACAUUUCGCUGUGAGGAAUAAUAUCUGUCUGCAAGUAUGUAUUUUCUCAAGAUGAUGCAGUCCUCUUUCAAAAUCUUCUGUGAGAAGAUCAGCACUAUAAUUUAUUGAUUUGUCUGAAUGGCUUCGUGUGCUUCUGUUUUGAAAAGCGAUAUUAAAUAGGGAAGCACAGAUUGCAGGCCGGCCCGUUGCAUUUUACCAUCAAGAUAGAGCGCUGCGUUUGCACAUGUACUGGAGAACUGUUUGGGAUUUGUCAUAGAGAGAAUGGACAUUACUAUUACUAUUUUAUCGGUAAAAAAACCAAUGAUAGAAAUAAUCAAACAUGAAUGGUACUUUAGGUGUGGAUGAUCGGUAACUGCUCUAAGCUAGAAACGAGCAAGCUGUCGGCUUAAAGCCGAUUGUAUUUAUAUCAUUUGAAUGUAGAAAUGUAUAUAUAGUAAGUUUUUAAGUGAUGAAAGUAACUCUUUGCUUGAAACGCGACAGGAGUCCAGCUAAAACAUCUGUUCUGUCACUUCUUCCAUCAGCUUGUAAUCUGCUCAUCAACCAAGGAUGGAAAUGUCUAUGAUUGGGAUUUAAAUCAGUGGAUGGUGUAAAACACAAUAUUACAAUUUUAAAGGAAAUUGACAUUGCACUCCUGUUUGUACCUGUAGGAAGAAUUAUGUGACAGAUAAUUUAAUGACAUUAUUAUAUUCUGACCAUUAACAUUCUGUUUGGUGUACGGUGUUGCUCCAUACUCCUUCAAUGCAGACUUGAUUGUCAUAUAUAUUCCUUAGCACAUUUAAUAGUAAGACGAGGAAUCCUUAUGCAUUUUAAGUGUGUUUCUGAAGUUCUGACCUCAUCUUUCUCUGCUACAUCGCGGCACGCUCCCGGCCUUUUGUAAAGUCUCGAAUGUAAUGUUUUAUAUGCCGUUUGUUACAGUGAGAUUCAAAGCCUGACGAGAGAGCAGCGUUACUCCCUCAGCUGCUCUGCUGGCUGUGUUUAGUGUAGUGAUUAUAUGAAUCGGCGGGCUGUGGCUCAGUGUCAUGACUGCUCGCAGAAUUAGCUUUGAGCUUGUCAUCAUCUUAAGUACUCACUGAUCUUCAAUUUAGUAUUUUAUAGUUUUUUUUUUUCCACCGAUCUGGGCCUUUGUGUAACCUGUGACGCAUUGAAACUGUUCUUAUUGCUGAGAAGAAAAAAAACUUGAAUUUAGCUAAAGUGUUUUUUGUUUUGUUUUGUUUUUGCUGUACGGUGUCUCACUGUUUAGUAGAUUCAUUAAAUCGAUUGAUGUCACGGCUUCUACACUUCAGCAUUGCUGCUUUUGGUGGAGUCUGUCGGUCAUGUGCAGUUUGGCUUGAGGGGCUGACAGGUGAAACGACGUGUCACGGAUUCCAUUAUGACAUCAUUUAUUUAUGCUAUCAAAAGUAAAGCGUUUGUCAAAUUUGGGAUCACAACUUACUGUACACAUGUGUUCGGUUGCUGUACAGCCAGGAGCGCCAGUGAGUAUUGUAGGAAGCUCAUGAAGUACUACGUUUUUUGUAAUAUUCAUCGUAGCAUAAGAAGUGAAUACAUGAACUGUAAAAUAUCAGCGACUCAAAUAAAGUGUUGGUUAAAUCUGA